GUGAAGGAAUUUCCGCUGACGUCACUGCGUAUGUCCAUAACAGGGCUGCAGCUGUCUGAGAGCAACAAUAACAAGCGAUAACCAACAACUCAAACACGGUGGAAACGGUACCUGACAUCGCCAAUUACCACCGAAUUUCACAAAAUGCGGCUGUCGAUAUAACUCUGGCCUCCGUGUCUUCGUCCUCCGAAUCGGAAAACAGGUUACCGUCGCGGUCAUCGCCGCGAAAAAAACACGGAGACUCGGCCGCAGGGGGAACAGGGCAGUUCGGGGCUGCAUCUGGGUCAGUGGGCCCAUCGGCGGCUGUACCGGUGGUUUUCUUUUCCCCGUAGUGUCCCGUCGCGCCUGUCAGUCGUUUACUUAAACACCGUCUCACCCGUAUAAACCGUGAGAACAUGCAGGCUAACGGGGCAGGACAGGACAGAGAUUCAGAAGUGUCCUGCCGAAACGGUGCACAGAACGGGGAGUCGUCCUCCGCCGGAGCAGCUCACUCCAACGGACUUCUGUCAGUCACCAACAAUGGAAACACUGUCAGCAACAACAACGGAGUGUCAGCCCAGCCUGCAUCCAACAACAACAGCUCGACCGAUGCCAACUCAGGCGUCAAGAAGAACAAGCGUCUGUCUCAGUCUGAGGAGGACGUCAUCAGGCUGAUAGGACAACAUUUACACGAUUUAGGUCUCAAUCAGACGGUGGACCUCCUGAUGCAGGAGUCUGGCUGCAGACUGGAGCACCCCUCUGCCACCAAGUUUCGCAAUCAUGUCAUGGAAGGAGAGUGGGACAAGGCUGAGAGUGACCUGAAUGAGCUGAAGGCAUUGAUGCAUUCUCCAAGUGCCAUAGUGCGUAUGAAGUUCCUGCUGCUGCAGCAGAAGUAUCUGGAGUAUCUGGAGGAUGGGAAGGUCCUGGAGGCCCUGCAGGUCCUCAGAGCCGAGCUCACUCCUCUCAAGUACAAUACAGAGCGCAUCCACAUCUUAAGCGGGUACCUGAUGUGCAGUCAGGCAGAGGACCUGCGAGCCAAAGCAGAGUGGGAAGGCAAAGGCACUGCAUCCCGAACAAAGCUGCUGGAUAAGCUUCAGACGUACCUGCCUCCGUCAGUGAUGCUGCCUCCUCGCCGCCUGCAGACUCUGCUGAAGCAGGCGGUAGAGCUGCAGAGGGAGCGCUGCCUCUACCACAACACUAAGCUGGACAGUGGACUGGACUCUGUAUCACUGCUGCUGGACCAUGCCUGCAGCCGGAAACAGUUCCCUUGCUACACUCAGCAGAUCCUCACUGAACACUGCAAUGAAGUCUGGUUCUGCAAGUUCUCCAACAAUGGCACAAAACUGGCAACCGGGUCGAAAGACACCACAGUCAUCGUGUGGCAUGUUGACACGGAAACCCACCAGCUGAAGUUGAUGAAGACUCUGGAGGGUCAUGCUUAUGGUGUCUCUUACUUGGCAUGGAGCCCUGAUGAUGCCUAUCUGAUAGCCUGUGGUCCUGAUGACUGCUCUGAGCUGUGGCUGUGGAACGUACAGACUGGGGAGUUACGAACAAAGAUGAGUCAGUCUCACGAGGAUAGCCUGACCAGCGUGGCCUGGAAUCCAGAUGGUAAACGCUUUGUCACCGGUGGCCAGAGGGGCCAGUUCUACCAGUGUGACUUGGAUGGAAACCUGCUAGACUCAUGGGAGGGAGUGCGGGUGCAGUGUCUGUGGUGUUUGAGUGACGGCCGGACCGUCCUCGCAUCCGAUACCCACCAACGAAUCCGAGGAUACAACUUUGAGGACCUGACUGACAGAAACAUAGUGCAGGAGGACCAUCCCAUUAUGUCCUUCACUGUUUCCAAGAAUGGAAGGUUAGCUCUGCUCAAUGUCGCCACCCAGGGAGUGCACCUAUGGGACCUGCAGGACCGGGUGCUGGUUAGGAAGUACCAAGGGGUGACCCAGGGCUUCUACACCAUCCACUCCUGCUUUGGAGGGCACAAUGAAGACUUCAUUGCUAGUGGCAGUGAAGACCACAAAGUUUACAUCUGGCACCGGCGCAGUGAGUUGCCCAUUGCAGAGCUGACUGGUCACACCCGCACAGUCAACUGUGUGAGCUGGAACCCCGUCCUGCCCGGUCUGCUGGCCAGCGCCUCCGACGAUGGGACAGUCCGAAUCUGGGGACCCGCCCCCUUCCUGGAUAUCCAGGACUCAGAGGGGCUCAAUGAAUGUUGCAGCAUGGACAGCUGAUGAUCUGCUGCUGCUGUGAACCUGAGGAGCAUUAAGACUCUGUAGACACUUGAAUGGAUAAAGCAAGGAAAGUUAUGGUGAUUGGACAGCUACUUCCUGGAGGCGGGGCUGGCGGCUGCUGUGUAUCAGGUCAUCACAACACAGAGAUGUCAGACUCCAUCAAAUUAUUGAAAGUAUGGCCGGCCAGGUGACGCUGGACUCCAGGACCUCCAGGAUCUGACACACCAUCUCUUCCUGUCCGGACCCAUACGCUCACCUCCAUCCAGGAGCACCCACCUCCUCUUAUUUAUUAUCAGCCACAUAAUUUAUUCAUGAGUAGUUCACUGGGCUCUAGGCUGUGAUGUAGCAGCACCUGGUGGUGGGUGUGUGUUCUGGUAGUUGUCUCCAGUCCUGCAUCUGAGCUGCUCACAUGAAGCUUCAAACUCUUUUCCUCUUUCACUCCUGGAACCUUUUAAGAGAUUUUACCUGCAGGAACAUUUGAUGGAUGUAACACCCACUUGAAGAGAAUCUUUUAAAUUCAAAAUUCUACAUUAUAUUGUCUUUUUUUAAAAAAAAUACAGAAUAGAUUUCCUGGUUUUGUUUUCUUUCACCUUUCCUGCUUAUAGCCAGAGAAAGAAUAUUAUUUGAUGAGCAUGUUGCAUAGGAUUGCACAGGAUGAUGUGUUUGAUGGCUAACUGAUGUUUUACGCCCUCACUAUACCUGUUAAAAUACAUCAAGUGGUGAGCUGCCUUGUGAGAAUACACAGCAGCUGAUGUGUGGACAGGUAACCCUUUUCUCUGUAUAUGGUUUAUCUGAGUGUAGUUUCCUUCAUGCCUUCAUUGAGGACUUCCUGUUUAUUUUGCUGUUAACAGCUUUGCUCUGGCUUCACUAUUUGCUCUUUAUUUCCGAAUCAUUGUUUGAUUGCAACCUGUUGACAUCUCACCCUGCGUACAAACAGAAGUUUUCAUAUACAUUUAUUUUGGUUUGGUUUAGUUGUUACAUGUUUCUAAGUUGUAUUUAUCACUGUGUUAUCUUUUUAUUCACUACAAAUGGAACUGUAACAUUUAAAGAGACACUCCCUGAUUCCUUACUGCACCCGAUAGCACUCCCUAAUCCCCAUAUAUUCCCCAGCUCAACAGUGAACUGUUUUAAAAAGAUGAGGCUGGUUUACUCUAUAUGUGUCUUAUUGUCAACAAACCUCAUGAAAACACCAAAACCAACAAUAUAAUAGUCCUUCUCUCACUACUUUCUAACUUAACUACACUCUUUGGCAAAAAAGCCCCAAACCCAUUGGUUCAGAGUCAAGAUGUAAAUCUAAAAAAAAAACAGAAACACAUUUUUUAAAAGUCUCAGUAAUUUCCUAAAACAGCUGGUCACUGUAAGUUUUAGCAAACGUUAACCAAAUAGGAGGAAAUAGUACAUUUGUUGGGGACUAUUUUCAGCAGUGGAUGAAUCCACAUUUGGUGUUCUAGUGAGUAUUUCUGGCAGCAGGAC